UACAACUUUGAGAAAAAGAAGUUUUUUUUUUCAUUGUUCAGAAAACUGACGAUAACAGUUUCAUUUACAAUCAAAUUCUAGAUAACAAGUUUGAUUGCAUCAUCACAGUUGGUUUGAUAACAUAAUUAUAGAUUAUAUUAGGAUAGACUUGAUAAUAAAUUAAUAUCAUCUUAUCAUAUUGAAUUUGGUUAUAUAAAGGGUUAGUGUGUUCGUCUUAAGUGGUGUAUCGUUCUAUCCCCCCUCCUCCUUUCAGUCGUUGCUCCCCAUAAAAAUUUGUGUCUUUUACUGAAAAAGUCAUCCCCCACGAUUUUGACUCCUUGCUUCAACUAAAUCAUUUGUGGUGGAAACUACAAUUGAUUAUCAUUAUACCUAUAUAUUUAGGUUCAAAUCAUAUACGAAACACAGAGUAUCAUCCUUAUAAUCUAAUUUAAAUAAUAAUGGUGAAGGCUCGUAAGAUUGCCGUGGUUGGAUCUCGUUCAGUGGGUAAAUCAUCAAUGACAGUAAGGUUUGUUGAAGACCAUUUUGUUGAAAGUUAUUAUCCAACUAUUGAAAAUCAAUUUUCUAAAACUAUAAAUUAUAAAAAUCAAGAUUAUGCUAUUGAAAUUUUAGAUACUGCUGGCCAAGAUGAAUUUAGUAUUAUGAAUGAAAAACAUUUGGUAGGUAUUCAUGGUUAUUUAUUAGUUUAUUCAGUUACUUCAAGACAAUCAUUUGAAUUGGUGGAAGUUAUUAGAGAUAAGAUUUUAAAUUCAAUUGGAACUGAUGUUAUACCCUUAGUUUUAAUUGGUAACAAAUGUGAUUUAGUUUAUCAACGACAAGUUGAAACAAGUGAAGGUGAACAAUUAGCCAAACAAUUUGGUUGUAAAUUCUUAGAAACUUCAGUAAGAGAAAAUCUUAAUAUAAAUAGAGCAUUUGAGAAUUUAAUUGAAGAGAUUGAAAUCAUUCAUAAUCCAACUCCAAAGCAACAAGAUAAAUGUGUAAUUGUUUAAAUCUCAUCAUCCUCAUCACCAUCAUCAUCUCAUCGUUUAUACUAAACUCUUCACCCUACGUACCAUCAUGAAGGUUCUGAUUAUAUAUCAUCAACCUUACCUUACUUAUGUUUAUUGGGCCCAUUUAUUAUUGGGAUUAUUUAUGGUUAUCUGCUUAUGUCUAUAUCUUUGAUAUCUUUUUACUAUAUUUUAUUAUUAUGUUUGUUUGCUUACUUGCUUGUCUUUUAACUUAGUUUUGAUUCUUCUUCUUAUCCAUUUUACUUCCUGAUUUACUUUCU